AUGCUCCGAGCCUGGGGACCUCUGCGCUCCCUGGGCCGGGGCUCGGCCUCAGCUCACGGCCUCCGGGCGCCGGCAGAUGCGGUCCGGGCGGAAGUUGUCGAGACAAAGGCCCUUACACCCACGAUUCGGGAGUUGCGACUGCGGCUGAAAGAGAACGUCGAGUUUAAAGCAGGGAAUUGGGUGGAUUUCUUCAUCGAUCAAGACGGCGUUACGGCAGUCGGCGGGUAUUCUAUGUGCUCCAUUCCAUCAGAGCUUCCCAUGAUGAGCCUGGCGGUGAAGCUCUCCCGGCAUCCUCCCGCAGUAUGGUGCCAUGAAAAAGCAGAGCCGGGUAAGCUGGUCCAGGUGCGACCCGGUGGUAGCUUCAGCUUUGAUCCGGCUGUGGAGGGUCGGGGCCUGAAGAACUUGGUCCUGGUGGCCGGCGGAAUCGGGAUAAACCCACUUUACUCGAUAUUGCGGGAAGCACUUCAUCAUCAAGAUCGCCUGCCAUCCUUGCAGCGGGUGUCUCUACUCUACUCGGCGUCGGUGCCUGCAGAGCUCGCCUUCCGUGCCCAGCUGCUCCAGCUCGCUACAAAUGAGCCCAGGCUCAGCUUAGACUUUCGCACCACCCGAGAAGCUCCGGAGGCGCCCGGGAGACGAGGACGGAUCAGGGCGGAGGAUGUGGCAGCAUUGAUUCCAAGAGACCCUGCUGAGGACCCUUCUAGGUCCCUGGUCUAUGUCUGUGGCCCACCGAAGAUGACGGACGGCCUGGUUGAGGGACUUGGCCCGGGUCCGACAGGGCUGGGCAUCCCUGCGCAGCUGAAGUACGAGAAGUGGUGGUGA